UCUUUGGUUUGACACCUCUUGUGUUUUUCUGCCAUUUUGCAAUUCAUCUGUGAAUUUUAACUCUAUCGUGUGUUUUCUGUACAAUUGAAUAAUAAAUAUUUUCAGCAAGUGCUGAAGUAACCAACUCGUGGUUAAAUAUAUUUCUGUGCAUUGCUUAUCAGAGCAAACAUUUAAAUUGUGGUAGCAACGCAAAGCAGCUACGACAAACCAUCCAGAUAGAGAGUAUAAGAAUGAAGCGUGAAAUGAACGAUGCAGGAGACGGACCACAGGACCAGAAGCGUAAUCGCCGUAAUGAGGAUACCGUGCGCAUACUAAUUCCAAGCAGUAUCGCUGGCGCUGUGAUCGGCAAGGGAGGACAGCACAUCCAGAAGAUGAGGACUCAGUAUAAAGCAGCUGUGUCUGUCGACGAUUCCCAAGGCCCCGAACGGACCAUCCAAAUAUCGGCGGAUAUCGAGGCAACUCUGGAGAUAAUCACCGAAAUGUUGAAAUACUUUGAAGAGCGCGAUGAGGACUUUGAUGUGCGCCUAUUGAUCCAUCAGAGCUUGGCCGGCUGCGUUAUAGGCAAAGGUGGACAGAAGAUCAAGGAGAUACGCGAUCGCAUCGGCUGCCGCUUCUUGAAGGUAUUCUCCAAUGUGGCUCCGCAGAGCACAGAUCGUGUGGUGCAGACGGUGGGCAAGCAGGCCCAGGUCAUCGAGGCGGUGCGUGAGGUGAUUACCCUCACUCGGGACACGCCCAUCAAGGGGGCCAUCCACAACUAUGAUCCGAUGAACUUCGACCGCGUCUAUGCGGAUGAGUACGGCGGCUAUGGCACCGGCAGUGGCAGCACUCGCCCCAGCCAGCGGGGAGGCAGCCGCAACGGGGGAGCAGGAGCAGCUGGUGCUGGCGGCGCUGCUGGUGGCGGCAACGGCGGAGGAUUCGGCGGUAAUGCUGGCGGAGGUCGCGGCAGUGGCGGUGGAGGACGUGGCGCUGAACGCUUUGGUGCAGGCACCGGAGGUGCUGGCGUAGGAGUCGGCGGCGGCGGUGGCGGCAUGGGCCAGCGCGACAAUCUCAUCAAUCCGUGGGCCAACGGCGGUGGCGGUGAUGUGGAUGGUUUUGGCGGUGCCAGUGGCGGUGCCGGUGGCUUUGCUGGCGCUGGUUUUGGUGGUGGCAGCGGCGGGCCAUUUGGCGGUGGCGGCAGCUUUGGCAACAACGGUUUUGGCGGCGGUCCUGGUGACUUUGGGGGCAACAACGGCAGCUUUGGCCAGAGCCAGGGCGCCAACAGCCUGCCGAGUCUCGGCAAUUUCAGCCAGAGCCAGGGCGGCAGCAACAGUCUGCCCAGCCUGGGCAGCUUCGGCCAGAAUCAGGGCGGCAACAGCAGCCUGGGCAACGGCCUGGGAGGCGGCAGUGCCAACAACGGGGGCGUUGGAGCCCUGGGCGGUGCUAAUGGCGCUGGUGGCUUCAACGCUGGCGGCGGCAGCAACGGCGGCAACGGGAGCCCGAAUGCUCCGACUAAUGUGCCCCAGGGUCAUGACCCCAACAACAGCACACAGGUCACCAUUCCAAAGGAGUUGGCUGGCGCCAUCAUUGGCAAGGGAGGUGGCCGCAUCCGCCGCAUUCGGAAUGAGUCCAGUGCGUACAUAACCAUCGACGAGCCCCUGCCCAACUCGAACGAUCGCAUAAUCACCAUCUCGGGCACGCCCAAGCAAAUACAAAUGGCCCAGUAUCUGCUGCAACAGAGUGUGCACGAGAAUGGAAGGCGAAACAUUUAAGUGGGCAAAUACAACUUUAGCAACAGCCACACACAGCAACAUGCAAGUGCAAAAACAACAACAACAAUAACCAUCGAGAUGUGCUGCGUUUCACGUUUAAAAUUAAAUUUACUAACAGAAGAAAAGGAACAGAGCGAGAGAGCAUCCUCCAAAAAAAACACGAAAGAAAUUUAUGUAUUUCUUCUUUAACUUUAAGUGAAAAAUUCCCCCGUAAAGAGAAAGAAAAUCCGAAAAGAAGGAAAGGACGACAACUGGAACAAUAAGUGUCCCCUGCCACAUGCCCCAUACACCGUGCAUCUCCCUCCCCCACACAACCCAACCAUCAUUCUCUCAGCCACACCAUUUCUGCUCUUGAACGGGGAAAGUCAACCUUAAAAUUCUGUACGAUAAGAAGAAUGAACAAAUAAAGUAUAAUUAAACUUGA